CUCGCUCGCUCGUCACUCACUCACUCACUGAUUCGCUCUCGUUUGCUUCUGUGAGGUUGAUCGGCGAUGGCUUUGCAGGGGAUUCUGUUGAAGAGAACCGUGCAAGAAGCUAAAACAAAGCUCUGGCGGUUUUUCUCCUGUAGUUUCUUCUCUACCGACUCUUCCUCUGCUCCUUCCUAUCGUGUUGAAGGGAAACCGCUGACCUUGCCGCCGUUCGAUUACACUCCGAAACCAUACAAUGGACCCUUGGCGGAUGAAAUCCUCCAAAAACGCCAGAAGUAUCUUGGUCCCUCUCUCUUCCACUACUAUAAGAAGCCCCUCAAUAUUGUGGAAGGGAAGAUGCAAUAUUUGUAUGAUGAGACUGGCAGGCGCUAUCUUGAUGCUAUUGCUGGAAUUGUCACCGUGUCCUGUGGGCAUUGUCAUCCUGAUGUUUUAAAUGCUAUUACAGAGCAAAGCAAACUUCUCCAGCAUGCAACAACUGUAUAUCUACACCAUGCCAUUGCUGAUUUUGCAGAGGCUUUAGCAUCCAAGAUGCCUGGAAACCUAAAGGUUGUGUAUUUUGUAAAUUCUGGAUCAGAAGCAAAUGAAUUAGCGAUGCUAAUGGCAAGAGUGUAUACUGGUAAUCUUGGUAUGAUAGGGUUGAGAAAUGCGUAUCAUGGAGGAACUUCUGGCACAAUUGGUUUGACGGGUCUUGGCACAUGGAAGUACCCAAUACCGCAGGGUAAUAUACACCAUGUUGUCAAUCCAGAUCCAUACCGUGGAACAUUUGGCUCUAGUCCUGGUGGCUAUGCCAAAGAUGUACAGGACCAUAUCAAUUAUGGCACUUCAGGAAAAGUCGCUGGAUUUAUUGCCGAAACCAUUCAGGGAGCUGGAGGAGUAGUUGAAUUGGCACCUGGAUAUCUGGAAAUGGUUUAUGAUAUCGUACGAAGGGCUGGUGGUGUCUGCAUUGCUGAUGAAGUCCAAACUGGAUUUGGCCGCACAGGAAGCCAUUAUUGGGGCUUUGAGACGCAAGAUGUCAUUCCUGACAUUGUUACAAUGGCAAAGGGCAUUGGUAAUGGGCUACCAUUAGGGGCAGUGGUUACAACCCCAGAAAUAGCAAGUGUUUUAGCACAGAAAAUUCAAUUCAACACUUUUGGUGGGAAUCCAGUGUGUUCUGCGGGUGGACUUGCAGUGCUGAGAGUUCUUGACAAAGAGAAGCGUCAAGCACACUGUGCUGAUGUCGGCUCCCACAUCCUAGCACGUUUGAGAAGUCUAAAGGAGGAAAGAUACGAAAACAUUGGAGAUGUAAGAGGAAGGGGCUUAAUGAUAGGAAUGGAUUUAACAAAAGACUUCAAGAAUAAAACACCAGGCACAGAACUGGCUGCAGAGGUGUUUGAGAGGCUCAGAGAUGUUGGUGUCCUAGUUGGAAAAGGGGGACUACAUGGAAAUGUUAUCAGAAUAAAACCACCAAUGUGUAUCACAAAAGAAGAUGCAGAUUUUCUUGUUGAUGCUAUUGACCAUGUCCUCGCUACAGCAAAGAACCGCUAGGGGAGGCCCGAUACAUAAAUAUCCGGUGAGAUGAGCUAUCCACAUCUGAACCAUCAAUAUCAAAAGUUGCUUUGAGAUGCACACAACACUCUAGACCCUGGGAAUGUUUCUACCACUAGUGUAUUGUACCGUGCUUUCUGCACCAUACGCACCUUUGAUCCCUCGAAGAUGUGAGAAGUAUGGUAUUUAUCUUAGUAUGUCAGUUUUCUAAGAAACUCUUGAAGAAACUCUUUUAUUAAAUAAAAUCUAUCCAGUUUCAAGAUA